AUUAUCUUGUGACCGUGUGUACGGCGCUUCUACGAUGUCGCCGAUCUCGAAGAAGGAGAUAUGAUGCUUUCGUUGGAUAUUUGUUUUGCGUCCAUUCAAAUACUUCACCUCAUGUCCCUUCCUCGAGGCUUUAUAUCCGCACACUGAACGCCGUAUUUCAACUCGCAAUCAUAAUUGUUCCCCUGGAUUUAUAUUCACCCACCACCACUUGCACGACUUGACUUGAUCUCCCAUGGAGUCCCCUUCCAGUUGCUUACGAGUCACUCGACUGACACUCAUACAUGCUGUCCUUGCAUAUGUAUCUCCAGAACUCACUACAAUGUCGUGUCUACCUCUCAUGCUACCCAUCGAGAUCCGCUUUCGUAUCCUCACCCAUCUACAUCUCGCGCUCUCCGCCUCUUUACUCGGAUCGCUCAAUCGCAGCUUACAGAGCGCCCUCGAUGACCUUUGUGAUAGCUGUAAAGCCUAUAAUCUUCACGUCUACGGUCCAAACGUGUCAGAUUGGCCUGAAAUAAGGGUCACUGGCGGUUGCUGGUGCGCCAAAAUUGGAGGGCACCAGCGGCCAGAGAUCGCUCGUGCUCGUGAUCGGUGGAACUCCGAUGCAUGCGUCGAUGCCAAAAUCCGCUCCCCAUUAGCUGACCAUGAUCCGCCGCCCUACUUCAUAUUUCACUUGCGUCAAGUUGCCGCAACAUAUCUAUCAACUACCUCAUCCUCGCUUUUUACGCGUGAAAUAGAGGCGAUGGUAACAUCGCAUGCCGGUGCGAAGGAGGUUGAUGCUUUAGUCUGGAAGGUCCUACGACACUUUCAAUGCUGCGUCGCUUCUUCAAAAACGAGGGCAUGGAAACUAGAAGACGAGCUUUGCAUCAUUCCCAUCUCUGAAAGACCCUCCGAAGGCUCCUCGGAUGAUGAGAUAUUGUGCACGCUCCAGCUUGCUCUAGACCUCAACCGGCACCGCGACUUUGUAUCACAUUCAGAGCUAAAUCCUCGGAAUAUGAUGCUCACUCCCCCCUUAAUAUCCAAUUCCCCUGAUUCGAAACGCUUAUAUUCAAAUCCCAGGUCUAGAAAUAUCUCACUUAUAUGUGGUGUCGCCGUGGCCUGUGUGCUAUUCAGCAUCAGGUAUGGUAGUCUAGCUGCCUGGUAGUGAUUCCCCUUCGCACAUUCCAUUUCCGCGCAUACUUCGACAUUCGGCUUCUCCAGGAACAUGAUGCCUUUUCUGCAUUCUGCAACUCCCGGAAGAGUUCUCCGUCUAUACCGCGAUCGCCUCUGCCCUGCAUUCAUUUUAAAUUCAGUACCUUUCAAUUUGCAUGACCAUCCACUCUCUGUACGCAUUUUGGCAGCAUAUAAACCUUAGUUUACUUUUCAAGCAUGCACUCACCUAUACUUACCACAUAUGACAAUGGACAAUAGGUUUACCAACAGGGAGUUGGCAAGGAGAAGAUAAUGUACGCCGAGGCCCACCUAGACCCCAGGUGACACAUUGAUCAUCUUCUAAUACCAGGGUCAAUCGUUGUCUGACCCUCUAAUCCUAAUUAUUGCAUGGUCGUCCUAUCGCCAGAGUUACUAGAUGAGAACCUCGCUCGC